GUGGGUAGUGGGUGGCACGGCAUUAGUGAAGAUUGUAAACAAGCCACAAAUCGUAUUCUAAUUUGCUUUUUUUGGCCAAUUUGUACACGGAGUAGUGGUUUGGUGGAAGUAUAGAGUGUUAAUAUUUAAAAUGCAAUUCGCUAAAUCGUGUAGGGUGUUGAUGUUGAAUAUUUUAAAAGCCGGCCCCCUUGGCCAAACACCGACUAGGAAUCUGUGCACAUUUGGCGGUACUUGUUGGUUCCGAAUAUUGCCUUCACUCACGGUGCCUCGGGGAUUGAAUCGUGUUUCCUCGCAUUCGGAGAAUGUUUACCCGGAGCAAGAAAGAAAGUUUCGUAAAAGCGAAACCCCCAGUGAUGUUCACGGUACUGAAGACAGCAAACAUCGAGCAGUACAAUGUGACGAAAUCGAGCUAGAAGAAAUUGAACGCAACCUUUUCAACAACAGCCGUGAGAUUAAAAACCUGAAAUUAGAAAAUCUUACAAAAAGUGUUGAAGAACAGUCACAUAAAAAGGUGCCCAAAACAGCUAGGAAAGACUAUAAAAGUGAUAAAACAUUCAAAAAUCAUGUUCCUAAUGCGUUGGAUGCAGACACUUUUAAAAUUAUGAACCGUUUUCAGAGCACAGAUAAGCCUAAAGAAAUCUUUGAUGGUAAAAUGAGAAUCAAAUAUAUUCAACUCAAAUCACAUCAUCGCGAAUUCAGUGACUUAGAGCUUCUUUUGCGUUCGCGGAAAAAACGAGAAACAUUAAAUAAACUUUUGCUAGAAGGAAGAAGACUUAUUUUGGACGGUUUGAGCGCAUGUUUAGAGCUAGACACUAUCUUAUUUCACGAUUUAGAACUGUUAAAAUGUUUAGGUUCCAAAAAUCGAAACAUAAAAUUCAUUCAACUGCCGAAGCAUGUUUUGCAACAAUGGUCGGAUCUGGUCACAUGUCCAGGGAUUAUCGGGAUAUUCAACAAACCAGAAUCCAUGUCGGACAUUAUGAUACGGAAUGAAACAACCGUCCCCCUGCCCAUCACUGUACUUUGUGAUAACAUUCGCGAGCCAAAUAACUUAGGCAGUAUCAUUAGAAGCUGUGCCGCCAUGCCGGUUCGAAACGUUGUAUUGCUGAAAGGCUGUGCUUAUCCCUGGGAACCCAAAUGUCUCCGGGGAGGCGCAGGUGCUCACUUCCGAGUCAACAUCAACGGUCCAGUGGCAAUGAAUGAGCUGGAGGAGCUGAUUCCGAAACACGCUUCCUUUCUCGUAGCGGAUAACGAGCCAAAUAGGAGUGAAAAAAAUCUUGCGUUCAGCCGUUAUGAUGCUGCCAAUUAUCGAGACAUGGAACACGUGGUCUUGGUCAUCGGGGGCGAAACGCACGGCAUCAGCAGUGAUUUACGAAAAUUCAUUGCAGACUUUCCUCGGCCACAGGAAGCAACAAAUCAUACCGUUCAUAUUCCUCUGGAGAAUGGGGUUGAAAGUUUGAACACAGCUGCUGCUCUCACUGUGAUUUUAUGUGAAAUACGACGACAGCUGAAUUAUGUAUUCGAUCGAUGAAUCAUGCUAUUCUACCUGAUUAAUGCAGACAAUAAACAAGAAUUAGAAUUUACAUCCGUGGAAUUUGCUUGAAGAGAAAUUUGAAUAAAGGUAGACGUGGCUCCUGGAGGAAGAAUUUGGUCUUUAGACAUAACGCUCUCUCUCGUGAUGAUAUUGAUUUAUUUGUUUGAUCUGAUCGAUUUUUUUAAUCAGGUU